AUGCCGCUAUUACGACCGCCAUCUCUUCCGACACCGUCGCCAUCGCCGUCGCCGUCUCCAACACCCUCUGUGCGUGUGCUAACCUUGCCUCUCCGAUCCCAGGCGCCAGAGUCUCCCGUCAAGUCUACCCUUCACUCCGUCUCGGAAACCCAGAGUGGUGCCGAACCAGAAACCCUCCCCGCCCCUCAACGUCGCAAGAGCCACGCCGCAGCCUCGUCACCAAUGCGCCUCCCCAGGACUCCGGGCAAGUCGUCGCCCGUCAAACUGCCCAUGUCCGAGAUGCAUCCCAGCAAAGUCCACCCGACCAUGGCCCACGCCCCUUCGUCCGGCUUGCGCCUGGGCUUCACUGACAUCAAGCCAACCACCAACCGCGACGACGACCUUCCUCCCGUCGCCCAGUCGACCCCCACAAAGGUCUCAGUUCCACAGUCCGACUUUACCUUCCGCCGUGUCGCUCAGUCAGCAGCCGGCGUGGCCCUCAGUACCCAAGCCCAGAGCAUGAUGGAGGACAUCCGCAAGGAAGCCGAGAAGUACAAGGACGAGAUCCGUCAGCGCGAAGCCGAAAAGGAGAGGGAGGAACAGGCCAAGCGCAAAAUCGCAAAGGCUACCGGCAAAGCAGGUCGCUACAGCCAAGUCCACAUGGCCCAGUUCAAGAAGAUGGACUCGAUCGAGAAUCACCCCUCUGUCCUCAGGGCCCAGAAGGGCCGCGUUCCCGAUCCUCUCAAGAAGGGCGUCAAACGAUCUCAGUCCAAGGCGAGUCUCGACGACAUCGACCCCAGCCGUCGCUCCAAGGACCCUACUCCGACCUCGACUACCGCCAAGGCCAAGGAUGAGGACGAGGAGGGCCGAUCACCUGCGAAACGUCUUCGCCAGAACAAGGAGGACGACGUCUCCAAGGGCCGUGCCGUCAUCCGCGACGCCACCAGUUCCAUCCCCAAGCCCAAGCCCGCUCCUGCUGCGGCUGCUUCGACUAUUCCUCGGCCCAAGUCUGUCCGCCAAUCCAUCAUGAGCCCCACACGAUCCUCUCUUGCUCGGUCAACAGGCGCAAGAACCCCGGUACGACAGUCGUUGUUGAAAUCUCCAGCCAAAUCAAUCCAGAGUGCCUUGCCUCGACCCGCCACUGCGAGCAAGCUUCCCACUCUCAAAGAGGAACCUGCCAAGACUUCCGCGAAGCAAUCCGAGACGCAACCUGAGAAGCCUUCGGAGAAGCACGCUGAGAAGCAGGCCAGCAAAGAGGUAAAGCAACAGCCCGACACCAACAUGGAGAAGCAUAACGAGGAGGAAACCCACACUCCCCAGCAGACACCACGAGCUGAUGUCAAGACUCCCACGAGCCGAAUUGCUAGCGCCAAAUCGAUUCUGAAGAGCACUACGACUAGCAUCAUCAAAACCAAGAUUCCUCUGCCCGCCUCUUUUGGUUCCAAAACACCGACGUCCAAGACCCCGACUGCGUCGCGCAGUGAGGAGAUCACUACCUCCGCCCCUCUGACUACACCCGGCGGAAGGCUCGCCAAACACGUGGCCUUCACUCCCGAGACGCAGCGCGCCGCUAUCGGCCAAGCGCUGAGAUCCCCCUCUCCCGUCAAGCUGGCUCUUUCCAAGUCCCAGCCCCGGAAGGUGCUCGGUGAAGUCUAUUACCCUUCUUUGGAUGCCGUCUUGCGCGAGGAACAGCUGGACCGCGGUCUACUGUACCCUGAUCUCCCCGAAGAGACUGAAGCUCACUCGGUCAAGGAGCCUUCUGCCAUAAAGCAGUUCAAGGCUGACUCCACAACAGUUGAAGCAUCGUCGGCUUCUGACUCCUUCUCAUUCCGCACUGAACGCACCCUCAACUUCGAGAGCGUCUCCCGCCCACCGUUCGGUGCCUCCCCAGGUCAAUCAACCAUUCGCUCUGUUCGGCCAUCUCUCCUCCCUACUGUGUCCGAGUCUAGCAUGCCCGGCAGCUUUCCCGACCCAGAAGAGGAGAUGUCGCCGGUGGUGUUGUCAAACAACAAGGAGAACGAGGCUCCAGCUGACCCAUCGCCCAUCUACCUUGCUCUGCCACACGGCCUCGCCACCAAGAAGCGCAACCGUGUCAGCACCGACGAAGAAGAGCUGGAGAUGGAGGAGCGCGCCAACAAGAGACAGAAGCAGGAGCCUGUGCCGGAGGGCGAUGCCCUUCUUGCCCCGAGACUGGUUGGAGCCAACAGUGCUAAUGCCAAGAAGCCGGCUGCUGCAGCACCGGUCAAGAGCAACCCUACCAGGAAAAGCAUUGCUCCUGUGAGCCCUCGCAAGAGCCUCGCGGCUAGAAAGAGUCUGGCUGCUGGUACAAGGAACAACAACGUUGCUUCUGGCGUCAGGAAGGCUGCUACUGCCACAGCUUCUGGCACUGCUGCCAGCAAAGAAAAGGAGUCUCACGAAAGCCCGGUCAAGAAGGCGGCGGCUAAGAUCAGUCUUAGUAGGUUGAACCAGCUCGCCAGGCCAAAGACCCGCAAGUAA